AUGGAGUUAUCGGAGAGCUCUUUUAUGAGUGGAUCAUCUGGUGAGGAAUAUAUUCCCCCUGCAGCAUCAUCAUCAAGGAGAAGCGCUCCAAAACGAAAACGUGCUUCUACCUCUCAAGGUCGAGGAGGGGGUUGGGGGCAAGGCCCGAGUCAUGCAGGAGUAGCUGCUGUAAACCUGACAGUAGCGCCCCGAAAAGAAAACGGGCAUCUACCUCUCAAGGCCGUGGAAGGGGUCGGGGGCAAGGCCCGAGGCAUGCUGGAUACCCUGCUGUAA